GCGCGGGGCACACGAAGGCAAUCCGUCUCUACUACUGGGCGGGGAGGAAAGCAGCGCGGUGGGGGGAGAUGGCGGCGGCAGCAACGCGCUCGUCAUUGCGCCCGGUGCGCCUUCUGCGGGGGGCCGCCGCCACGACGAGCGAACGGUGGGGCCGGAAGCUGAGCUGGCAUCUGACGCUGACCUGGCUGAUGACGUGGCGCUGGACAACGAUGAGCUGGAGAUGGUGGACGAGCGCAAGAAGCGGCGCAACAGCAAGCGCGUGCAGCGCAAGCUGCGACGCAUCCAGGUUGGUGGGGGAGGGAAGGGGGAAGGGGGAAGGGGGAAGGGGUAG